AUGGAUGACAGUGUAGAGGCGCGACCUGAGAAGAAAGUUUUGCUCGAGGACACAGGACCGGAGGUCGAGAAUUUUUUAAAGAACAAACCAACGAAGGCCUCCUUGCUGGACGCCGCUUCAAGUCAACGUAGGUUUGGCAUGGGACCCGUAGAUGCAGUCCCUGUGCAAGGCUGCGGAGCGAAUCCAAUGGCGCGCGUGUACAGCCCAGAAGAGGUCAUUCGUCGGAUGAAGCUCAAUGAGCCUCCUUGCUUCGGUUCUGUAGAGGACACUAUCAGAGAAUACAACAUGUUUGUUACUGAACACGCGGAACUCAUGAGCAAAGUCCGGGAAGAUAUCAAAAGUAGACCGCACAAGACCCUACGCGUAGCCUUCAUACAAUGGAAUGCGCUCAUGAUCAAGCCAAAUACUUUUCAGGUCCUUGCCCCUUUUCUCGAUGAAGAAAAGGGCUUCAAGCCAGACGAAGUGGAUGCUGUGACAAUUGUGCUCCAAGAAAACAUGAAAUUAGACUCCCGCAGGGAAAAGCAGCUCCUAGAAAAUAUCCAGUUCGUGCUGAACCUCCUUAGCACCGUCCCAAAUUGGGGUCCAGCGUCGAUCACCUAUCUUGGGAACAUCAGAGGAACGCAAGCAAAGACUCUUCUGAGUCCAAAUACGCAAACUCUCAUCCAUAUUAUGCGCGAAACGCACCAGCCUAUUAAAGUGUGCAAUGCGGAACAAUCUAUUCACGGGGGGGAAAAGGGUUUUGUUGGCGCCGUGUUUGAAUUUCCCAAUAUGGGUAAGCUCGCCAUUGUGGGUGCUCACCUGAAGGGGUGGGACGCAAAACAAUUUAGGAACGUAUUUCCAGAACUUCUUAAGUAUUGUGGGAGCACGCAACUAGGGCUUGACUCCUUCUCUCUGGGGGUUGUUUUUGGAGCCGACUUCAACGAGCAUUUACACGCCGAGGCCUUGUCGCACCUUUACAAGACCUACGACAUAGCACAGUAUCCUGCCUUUGCGAGAGUUCAGGCGGCUUCCUCUCAAGAACCGGAUAAUAUCAAGAUGACGAGGUUGCUGACGGAGGCUCUGGCUGAACCGCUGGAGAUCAUUGAGAGCAGAUAUGAGCCCCUCCUAUGGUCUGUUGACAGGCUGGGUAGGACUGUCAAUGUGGCCGGUAGUGGCAAAAUGCUUCCAGCGUCUCUUAGGCAACUGGGGUUCAGACUUAUCAGUGCAUGCUACGGAGCUGGUUACACGUACAAGUGGAGCCGAGGGUGUCAAUAUCCAGCGGAGUCGCCUGUCUUGGGCCAUUCGCCUUUCAGUGUGCUGAAAAGAUGUCUUGCUCCAAAAGUUUUCUCUUCUCCGCGAGGCGUUGGGUAUCUAGACAGAGUAGUUGUACGCCUAGCUUCAUCUAGCACAGAAACCCUGGAUAGGAUGUUCGAAACGGGGAGCUCAACAGGUGUACUGCCUCCAACUUUCGCCUCCAUCCUCAAAGGUGUGCAUGUCUACGACAUGAGGAGUGACCAUAUGCUCUUGGCGAACAUUAUUGAAUUCCUGAAAACUGAGUAA